AUGAACAAUUCACCCACACUGUCAAAUACAAGAAAUAGAAAAAAUAAUAAUAAUAAUAGUAAUAGUAAUAGUAAUAGUAAUAAUAAUAAUAAUAAUAAUAAUAAUAAUAAUAAUAAUAGUAAUAAUAAUAAUAAUAAUAAUAAUAAUGUAAAUAGAAAUGUAAAUAAUCGAAAUAAUAAUAAUAAUAAUAUUAUUAAUGUUAAUAAUAAUGUAUCAUCAACAACAAUGAAUAUGGCAAAAGAUUUUAUGAAUUGGAAUGAUGGAAUAAUAGAGAGGGAAGAUACUCAAUUACAACAACAAAAAGAUAGAUGUUUUAAAAUUUUAAAAAAGAGUACAAUAGCAUGUAUUGUAUUAUUAUUCAUAUCAUGUACGAUUAUAUAUUCAAUGACACAAUAUCCAUCAGUAUCAGGAGGUGAUGCUGGUGAACUUAUUGUAGUUGCACAUCAAUUUGGUGUUGCUCAUCCACCUGGUUAUCCAUUAUUCACAUUUUUAGGUUACAUAUUCUCACAUAUCAUCCCAUCAAAUACUUUAUCUGUUGCAUGGAAAAUAUCUUUUAUGUCAUCAAUGAUUGGUUCAAUAGCAAGUAUUUUCAUUUAUUUAACUGUUUAUUUAUGGGUAAAUAAUCAUUGGUGUGGAUUAUUAUCAGCAUAUAUGUUUACAUUUUCACCAUUAAUUUGGAUGUAUCAAAUUCAAGGUGAAGUAUUUUCAAUGAAUAAUAUGUUUGUUGCAAUGUUAAUGUUUUUAGGUGUGUGGUAUACCAGGGUUAGAAUAUUUGAAAAUGAAAGAUAUAAUACAGCAUUUUGGACAUCUGAACGUAUAGCUUAUUUAAGUGCAUUCAGUUGUGCAAUCGGUUUAACUAAUCAACAUACCCUAGUAUUAAUAGUGAUUCCAUUUGCAUUUUGGUUAAUGUUUAUCUCUGGUAGAGAUCAACUUUGGAAUAUUAAAAUCUUAUCAAAUUUAGUAUUCUAUACAUUAAUUGGUUUAUCACCUUAUCUUUUAUUAUUUAUUACUCCAAAAUUAAAUAGAGUUAAAUAUUCUUGGGGUAAUACUUCAACAUUACGUGGUUUUAUAAAACAUUUUCUAAGAGAAGAAUAUGGAACAUUACAAUUAUAUGGUGGUGAUGGUGGUGUAAUUUCAUUAUUUACUAAAAUUUCAAUUUAUAUUGAAAAUUUAAUAAUUCAAUUUGGUUACAUUGGUUUAGCAUUAUCAUUAAUUGGUUUAUUAAAUUUAUUAUUAGGUUAUAAUAUAAGAACAUUUAAAUGGAAAUCAUUUGGUACAAUGAUUAUAUUUUCAUUUUUAUUUUAUAUUACAUUCUUUUUCAAUUUAUGUAAUUUACCAAUUGAUAAACCAUUAUAUAGAGGUGUAUUUUUAAGAUUUUUUAUGCAACCAAAUGUAAUAAUAUCAAUAACAAUGGGAUUAGGUAUUAAAUCAAUUUUUGGAUUUCUAAAUAGAAUUCAAAGAGAUGGUGGUACAGCAGCAACAACAACAACAACAAUUUCAAAGAUUCAAAAAUAUUUAUUACCAAUUAUUAUUAUUUUAUUAGUUGGUAAUCAAAUUGGAUUUAAUUAUAAUUUACAAGAUCAAAGUGAUAAUUAUUCAUUCUAUGAUUAUGGUCAUUCAGUUUUAGAUGGUUUACCAAGAAAUACAUUAUUGUUGGUUGGUGGUGAUUUGGUUACAAAUGUACCAAUGUAUUUACAUUUAUGUGAAAAGGUUCGACCAGAUAUUGAUAUACUUUCAAUGGAAAUUAUGAGUUGGGAAUGGUUUAAAAUCACUCAAUCACCAUUAUUUCAACGUGUUAAAUUCCCAGGUAACGUUUAUCAUCCAUACAUUCCAGAUGGUUAUUCAUUAAAAGAUUUUUUAGAUGCAAAUAUCAAUGAUCGUCCAAUUUAUAUUGGUGGUGAUUUUAAAUCGGGUGAUAGCUCAUUCCAAAAUGAUUAUUAUACCAUUAGUAAGGGUUUAACAUCUCAAAUUAUUCCAAAGAAAGACUCACACAAAUUUAAUACCUUUAAGAUUAUUAAAACCACUUUUUCAACAUUCCCUUCCUUUCAUAUACCAAAUAAUACUGAAAAAUAUCCAAAUGAUAGUUGGGAACAUUUCAUGAUGGAAGAAAUGGCUGUCUCUUUGGAAAGAGCUGCUGAAACCCUAUUAAAAGAAUAUUUAAGUCAACAAAAUACUGAAUCAUUUAAAGCUUUAGAAUUAUCCGUUGAAAUCUUAGAGAAAGCACUCACCUAUGUCAAUGAUAAAUGUUGGUCUUUAAAACAUUUGGGUAUUUGUUUCGACCAUCUUAGAUAUCGUGUAGUUCAAAAUGUUAACAACAAUAAUCAACAAGCUCAAAAUAAAGCUUCAAACUAUUCAAAACAAUUAUUAUACUUUUGGAAAAAAUAUAUUAAUCAAUGUACUCAUGAAGAAAAUACUGAUCAAGAUUGGGAAACUAUUAAAAAAGUUAUUCAAUUAAUUUAA